CUCCUCGACCCGCGACCCAAACCUCGAUCGCUCAAUAGGCCGGUACCAUCAUGUCCGGCGAGCACAGCUUCAUGGCGACUUCUGGCCCCUCUCCGCCGGCGCCGCCGCUGGCCGCGCAGCCCAGCAAUGUCCCCAGCGUCCCCGCGCCAACCUCACAGCAGCCAGGGCACCCGUCGUUCAGACGGCAGCGCGCAAGCAGGGCGUGUGAGACUUGCCAUGCACGAAAAGUACGGUGCGAUGCCGCCAGCCUCGGUGUACCCUGCACCAAUUGCACCGCCUUCUCCAUCGAGUGUCGCAUCCCCACACCGAAGCGAAAGAAGACACAGUCCAAGGCGAAAGAUGGCGAUAGCGACCGUGGCGAUAGCCAGAACGAGGUGGAACGAUCCCCCGCCGCCAGCACCGCGCAGUCGGUCGACGGCGUGCCUCGAGACAAGACAACGGUAUACAACUCCCCGGAUGGUACCCCCUCCACCACCGUAUCCAGCGCCUAUGCUGCUCAGCAAGCCACUCACAAUGGGACAUAUGUGCAGUUCAUGAAACCGAAGUUCGCGAGAGCCCCGAUCAAGGAAGCCGGCCGCGUCGCCUACCUGGGAGAGUCCUCCAACCUCUCGCUGCUGGUCCACGACCGCUACGGGACGACCGACGUGGUGCACUAUCCACUGCCCGAGAAUGUGCGCGGCGCGAAAGCCCGUGUGAACGAGCUAGACAACAUGGAGAUCGAAAUCCUGCAUCAACGAGGCGCCUUUCUCCUCCCUCCCAGGGCUCUCUGCGACGAGCUCGUGGAGGCCUUUUUUAAAUGGGUGGCCCCAGUUGUCCCGGUCAUCAACAAGAGCCGGUUUAUGCGCCAGUACCGGGACCCCAAGAAUCCGCCUUCGUUGCUCCUCCUACAGGCAAUACUACUAGCUGGAUCACGCGUCUGCACUAACGCCCAGUUGAUGGACUCCAGCGGAUCGACAACGCCCGCGGCGAUGACCUUCUACAAGCGUGCAAAAGCGCUCUAUGAUGCAAACUAUGAAGAUGAUCGUGUGACCAUUGUCCAAUCUGUAAUCUUAAUGGGCUGGUAUUGGGAAGGGCCAGAGGAUGUUACCAAGAACGUCUUUUACUGGAGUAGAGUAGGCAUUGUGGUUGCUCAGGGGUCUGGCAUGCAUCGAAGCGUCGAGGGCUCGCAACUCAGCAAAUCAGACAAGCGUCUCUGGAAACGUAUAUGGUGGACACUGUUUUCCCGUGAUCGAUCAGUCGCAGUUGCUCUUGGGCGACCGGUUGCCAUCAAUCCCGAAGACUCUGAUGUUGAGAUGAUAUCCGAGGACGACUUCAUCGAGGAUGAGCCAGACCGACCGGCAGAAUCCCCACCAGACCCCGUCCAUGUUCACUUCUUCAUCAACUAUGUCAAACUCUGCGAGAUCAUGGGUCUGGUGUUAUCACAGCAAUACUCUGUAGCAUCGAAGUAUCGGCGGACGAAUGCUAUUGACCUCACGCAUAGCGAUAUGGCUCUCGCUGACUGGCUUCAACAUUGCCCCCCAGAUGUGCAGUGGGAUAGAUCUCGUCAUCAUUUUUGGGCCGCUUUGCUGCAUUCAAAUUACUAUACCACACUCUGCUUAUUACAUCGUGCUCAUAUGCCUCCGGCUGGGUCACCGAAGACGAACGCUAUGAAUGGUUUUGAAGAACAUGCCUACCCAUCGCGCAACAUCGCAUAUCAAGCCGCUGGCAUGAUCACAUCCAUCAUCGAGAAUCUACGAGCACAUGAUGAGCUGCGAUAUACCCCUGCGUUCAUUGUGUAUAGCUUGUUCUCUGCUUUAAUCAUGCACGUAUAUCAGAUGCGAUCGUCCAAUAAGUCCAUCGUCUCAGCAACGGAGCAGCGACUACAAAUAUGCAUGGAUGCAUUGAAGGAGGUUUCGAAAGUCUGGCUCGUGGCAAAGAUGGUUCACACGCUUUUCGAAUCCAUUCUUGGAAACAAGCACCUAGAAGAGCGCCUUCAGAAAGCCGCUGGUAAGCGACAUCAGAAAAACAAGCCCUCUGCGGGUCCUCCUCCUCCACCCAAACCGGUCCAAGACCUGCCAAAGCGAAAGUUCGACGACAUGGAUAUCGGCUUUCCCAAUGGGCCUCCAGCGCCUCAGGUGUCAUAUGAACGCUCAAGGCCACAGACUCCGGCAGUCACCCCUUCACGAGAAUUACCACAGCAGCAAAUGCCACAUAUGAGCGCGGCAUCUCCACAUGUACCCCGCCAAAAUAGCGAUGCGUUCAUGGGACCGUCGAGGUCAGGUACCCGUCCUACAACCCCUUUCAACACAUCCUACUCGUAUCCAGGGACACCUCCCGAGCUUUUCUUGGUCACCCGAAAUUCUCCGAAUAUUUCACAAGAGCUUUGGCAGAACUUCCAGCCUGACCAACUAUUCCCUGCCGACACACACGUAAACUUUCCCCAGAUAUCUCCAGUUCAGCAUCACAGCCUGGUUGACCCAGCGCUAUCUCGGCCGCAGGCGAUGGCGAUGCAUCCUCACAACACGAACUUGCAAUCUCAGACGCCCCAACAGCAGAUGCCUAGCCAGCAACAUAUGCAAACUCCUCAGAACGCGGCAAUGCAUAUGCAACCGAUAGACUCAAAUGAUCCGCAGGCAUGGGCGCAGCAGAUGGAUAUGAUGGCUCAACAUCAGCAGGGUGCGGCAACCGAUGAUGCAUGGAGCAAUAGUAGUAAUGGACGGCAUAAUCCAAUCGUGCCCACGACACUAAACGUGGAAGACUGGUACGUCUUCCUCCAGAACUCUACAGGCGACCACGCGGAUCUCCUGAACCUCUACAACCAUCCGCAAGCCGCCUAUACUGGAUGAGAAGGACUAGUUUAGCUGACGAUUGAUUCGCUUCAAGGUUUCAUUUCUUCGGCAUAAAUGGCGAAAAUACUGUGGAUGGGUUUGCAGGCGGUUUUUGAUUCAAAUCGGCACCGUAGCAAUGCUUAGGAUAUGUGCUACUAUUCGAUUGUGUAUCCGGGGUGAUGCAAAGUAGUACUCGGGAUCCUGUGAGUGCUUAGCGUGUAUGGCGCAUUGGUCGGCAAAUGCUAGGGACCUUUAGGGGUUACAGGCGUGUUCCUCUAAGUGGAGCGGAAAGGGAGCUCAACUUUUUAUCUACGAGCUUCAGAUACAAAGGUACGGGUUGUAUGGCAUUCAAAAUGUAUAAUAUCAAUGGAG